AUGGCUCGGACAUAUACCCAGGCUGCCCUCACACUCUGCACUCUCCUCCUACUCGCAUGGCCGACACUCGUCUUAGCGCACAUGGUUGAAGUAUCUGCGGGCAAAAAAGAAUGUUUCUUCGAGGAUCUGCAUGUCAAUGACAAAAUGACCGUCACCUAUCAAGUUGGCGGUGGGGGACAUCUGGACAUUGAUUAUUGGCUGGCAGAUCCAGACGGCCACGCAUUGCACAAGCACAUCAAGCAGUCCACAGGAACAGUGUCUAUCACUGCUACCAAGGACGGCAGACAUGAAUACUGCUUCUCAAACCAGAUGAGCACAGUGGUGGACAAGCUUGUUAGCUUCAAUGUCCACGGUGUCGUUUAUGUCGACUAUGAUGACACUGUUGCACCAAUCGAGCGCGAGAUUCGUACCCUCGCGGCCGGUCUCACGGCCGUAAAGGACGAACAAGAAUACAUCGUCUUGCGCGAACGUACACACAGAAACACGGCUGAAUCAACAAACACUCGCGUCAAGUGGUGGUCGUUUGCUCAGGUGGCCAUCCUUUUCUGUGUGGUCGCAUGGCAAGUGUAUUACCUCAAGUCGUUCUUCGAGGUCAAACGGGCAUUCUAG